AUGUCGGCCAAAAUCGCCAAAACAAUUGCUCGGCAAAAGGAGAAAGUCGCCGAGGGCAACUUUUAUGAAGCCCACCAACAACUCCGCGUCAUCACCUCCCGCUACCUGAAAUCCGCCGACUACAACUCCGCCUGCGAUGUCCUAUACAAUGGCUCCCUCCUCCUCCUGCGCGCCGGGCAGGGCGGAUCCGGAGGAGACCUGGCUCUCAUGCUGUUGAACGACGUCUACAUCAAGGGCGAAUGGGAAUGUGACGAGGAAAAUAAGAGACGUCUGCUGGAGAUUCUGCAUGCGUUCCCCAAAGAUGAGCCAACGCGUAAGAGAUUUGUUUCCGAGAUGAUCAGCUGGUCUGGGAAGCUUGGCGAGCUGGAGCGAGGAGAUCCGGAAAUUCAUCAUGAGGUGGGCAAAAUUUUUGCUGAAGAAGGCGAAGCCUACGAUGCAGAACGACAUCUCGUCCUUGGCACACCGGCGUCGGCUCCCAUCCUCGCCUCCCUCCACUACACAUGGUACACGCAAGACCAACCACACCUAGCACCGAUCUACGCCUCGCGCUCCGUCUUACCGUACUUGCUCGUCGGCAACCUGGCCUCUGCUACUACGGCCCUGAGCACCUUCACCUCGCACCUGACGACCUCCAACCCACAACUUCUCGCCAUGUCCCAACCUCUGGAGUCCAGCAAAUCCGGUGUCUCCCUCCGCAUCUUCCCCUCGAUCCCCCUGUUGAAUUUUUUGUCACUACUUCUCCUCGCGGCCCCAAAGGGGGAUAGCACACUCUUUAAGCAGUUGGCGAAAUUCUACGCACCGUAUCUCAAGGACGCUGACGCCCUGUGGUCCGACGCCCUCGCGAAUAUCGGCGAGAUUUGGUUCGGGAUCAAAAUCCCUCGACAAGGCGGGAAUCCGCUUUUCGAUAUGAUGGGGAGCAUGCUCUUUGGUGGCGGUCAAGGUGGGCCUGGUGCCGUCGGUGGAGGGAAAUCAGGAUCGGGGCAUACGUCUAGGUCAGGCACACCGAAACCAGCACCAGUAGCUACGAAAAAGGAGAUUGAACGGCCCCCUGCGAUGGAUUUGGAUUGA